UCCUCCCCACGCCUCCAAUCCGUUUCCUGUCAGGAGCGGAUGGCCGAGGCUGGGCCCCGGCUCGGAGCGGGCCUUCUUCGCUGAGCAUCGGCGGACUCUUCUCUCGCGCGCUCCGGCUUCCUGAGAGCCGACGCUGGAGGCGUAAAAAAAUAAAUAAAGAAUUUGAGACCUCUGUCGGCGUGAUAAUGCACCAUGGGACUGGUUCACAAAGUGCACAGCAGCGCCAGCUCCAGAGGUCUCGAUCCUUCACCGGCAGCGAGAACGAAGAUCAGCAGGCCAACUUGCCACAGUCUCCGGCUCCUUCCUUCGCUCCUUCGGCCAGCCCUUCUGCCCCUCAGUCUCCCAGCUACCAAAUCCAGCAGUUUAUCAUGAGCCGAAGCCCAGUAGCGGGACAGAACGUCAACAUCACCUUGCAGAAUGUGGGACCCGUUUCUACCACCAACCAGCAGAUCACCUUGACCCCGUUGCCGAUCCCCAGCCCCACUUCCCCCAGUUUUCAGUUCAGCCCUCAACAAAGACGGUUCGAGCAUGGCUCGCCCUCCUACAUCCAGGUCACUUCUCCGUUGCCCCCUCAGGUUCAAUCGCAGAGCCCCACCCAGCCCAGCCCGGUGUCCGUUCAAACCAUUUCAAGUGUCCGAGCGGGCACCCCGGGGCCUGGCUUGGGCAUGUGCAGCCAGAGCCCGACGCGUGGCUUUGUGGACGCCAGCGUGUUGGUGAGGCAGAUCAGCUUGAGCCCUUCGAACGGUGGACACUUCGUGUAUCAGGAAGGAUCCGGCCUCACCCAGAUCGCUCAAAGUGCCACGGCUCAGGUUCAGCUAUCGUCCUCCGGCACGUCGUCGACCGUCCGGGAACGCAGGCUGUCCCAGCCCCAUUCUCAAACCGGAGGGACCAUCCACCAUCUUGGACCUCAGAGCCCCGUGGCUAGCGGAGGAAAUAUCCAAGGUUUACCUAACCCUGGUCACAUUACCACCAGCAACCUGCCACCACAGAUCAGCAACAUUAUCCAAGGGAUGCAGCAGCAGCAGCAACAGCAAGGACAGCCCUCGAACAGACCGUUGGGCUUCGACAGGACUUCCGCCGGAUUAAUCGCUGGGGUCGGAGGCCCCACUUUCGGCAUCACGUCCCCACCGCCUCCCACAAGCCCUUCCCGGGCCAGCAUCCCUCAAGGACUAACGGGCCACCCGCUGGCCCCCUCGCUCUGCGCCGUGGUGAAAAAACCCAAAAAAAUCGAGGAAAUCCCCCCGGCCACUCCAGAAGCGGCUCAGAUGAGGAAGCAGUGUCUGGAGCAUCACUUCAAACAGACGGAAACCCUGAAAGAUGCUUUCAGAGAGUACCUGAUCGAGCUAUUCUUCUUGCAGCACCUGCAAGGGAACAUGAUGGACUUCUUGGCUUUCAAGAAGAAGCAUUGCCUGCCGUUGCAAGCCUACCUUAGGCAGAACGACUUGGAUCUGGAGGACGAGGAGGAGGAAGAACAAUCUGAGGUUAUCAACGAUGAGGUAAAGGUUGUGACAGGGAAGGAUGGGCAGACUGGUACUCCUGUUGCUAUAGCAACCCAGCUUCCUCCAAAUGUUUCUGCUGCUUUUUCAACUCAGCAGCAACCAUUUCAGCAGGCGCAUGCAGGGACUCCAGUAACGGGAACAGUCAAUGCCAUAGAAAUCGAAGCCUUUAAGAGACAGCAAGCCCUUACAUCAGCAGAUUCGUCUAAGAGACCCCGAAUUGAAGUGGGCCGUCAUGGGAUGGUUUUUCAGCAUCCAGGCGUGGCUUCAGGAGUCCCUCUUCAACAGCUCAUGCCAACUGCACAAGGUGGAAUGCCUCCCACCCCUCAAACCGUGAAGCUGAUGGGUCAGAAGCAGAGCCAGCAACAGUACGACCCUUCCAAAGGUCCCCCAGUGCAGAAUGCAGCCAGUCUUCACACCCCACCGCCUCAGCUGCCCGGUAGACUGCAGCCCACCAACGUGCCCAUCAGCUCUCUCCCACCAACGCUGCAGCUGGCGCCCCAAACGACUCAGAUGAACGACCCUCCGGUGCAACAAGCGGCGAUUCACGUGAAGGCUCAGUCCCAAAAUGUGACGGUCACUGCCGCUGCAACUGCUGUGUCCCACGGCCAGGUUCAAGCGCCAUCUCAGCCACAAGGGCAGCCGACAGCACACGGACCGGGGCAGAUGACACCCUCCCAGGUUGUGGCCUCUCAAACUCCAACCCCACAGCAGAUUACAACUCUGUCUCGUCCCUCAUCCGACUCUAACCAAAACUCCCAGCGUAUUUCAACAAGUGUGGCUCCUCCUACCCCAAGCAACCCGCCAACUUCUGUUUCAAACCCUACCCCACAAACUACGCACUCAGCCCAAGCCAAUCGGUCCUCGCCAGGAACAACUAAGUCAACAUCUCCCGUGGCCUCCAAACCCCCAGGGUUGGCCGUGGCAGCAACCCCCAAAACUCAGAACACAACACAAAAUACCGCAGCAGCCCAGGAUAGCACGCACGAGAAGUUGGCUGAACAAGUGAAGUUGGAGAACCAAGUUCACCAGCGCAUCGCGGAGCUGAGAAAGGAAGGCUUGUGGUCUCUGAGACGACUGCCCAAACUACAGGAGGCCUCCAGGCCCAAAUCUCAAUGGGAUUAUCUCCUGGAGGAAAUGCAGUGGAUGGCAACAGAUUUUGCCCAGGAAAGACGAUGGAAGAUGGCCACUGCCAAGAAGAUGGUCAGGACAGUGGCUCGCUACCAUGAAGAGAAACAUCUCAAUGCAGAGAGGGCUAAGAAGGAAGAGAAGAUCAAGCUAAGGCGCAUUGCUGCUACAAUUGCCAGAGAAAUAGAAUAUUUCUGGUCUAAUAUUGAACAGGUGGUGGAAAUAAAGCUGCAGAUUGAAUUUCAAGAGAAAAGGAGAAAAGCACUGAAUUUAAAAAGGCGUGCCAGGAAAGGUAAAGACUCGAGACACUUAGAGGACAUCCUUCUGGAAAAAGGAAACAAGUCGGGCUCGUGGUCCUGUAGAAGAAAGAGAAAAGCAAGCACGUCUCUAACAGAUGAUGAAGCGGAAGACGAAGAGGAGACAAUAGAAGAGCAGGAAAAGAAGGAAGGAAAUGUCAAUCAUCAGAUGGAGCUGUCCACGCUGGCGAAGGAAGCUGAGCUGCCUUUGGAUGAUCUGAUGAAAAUGUACGAAGGAGCCUUUGCUGAGAACUUCCACUGGCCCCAGCCAAAGCUGGAAGAGGAGACAAGCGAUGAAGACAUGGAAGAUCACCCGGUUGAAAGGGAACUCCUUCAAAAGGAGGUCAUCUCGAUUGAAUCUCUCCUCAGCAUCGAGCAGUACAAGGGAGCUGAGAGAAUGAUGGCCAGCAAGAACCGCGGGCGAGAUAUAGCCGAAGUGGCGGCCACAGCGGAAGCCCUGUUGCCGAAAGGCAGCGCCCGGAUCACCACUGCGGUCAAAUACAACACCCCUCCCCUCUUGUACGGCUCCCUCCGAGAAUAUCAGAAGAUUGGCCUCGAUUGGUUGGCCAAGCUGUACAAGAAGAAGCUGAACGGCAUCUUGGCUGACGAAGCCGGCCUUGGGAAGACAGUACAGAUCAUCGCCUUCUUCUCGCACCUGGCCUGCAACGAAGGGGAUUGGGGUCCUCACCUUGUCGUCGUCCGAAGUUGUAACAUUCUGAAGUGGGAGCUGGAGCUGAAACGUUGGUGCCCCGGUCUAAAAAUCCUGCUCUACAUCGGUACCCAACGAGAACUAAGAAUGAAAAGACAGGAGUGGACAGAACCCAACAGUUUUAACGUCUGCAUCACCUCCUACAAGCAGCUCUUCAAAGGCCACCAAGCCUUCAUGAAGAUACGAUGGAAGUACCUCAUUGUAGACGAGAUGCAACAGAUCAAGAACAUGACGGAGAAGCACUGGGAAGCCCUCUUCCACCUUCGCAGUCAGUACCGCUUACUCCUGAUCGAUACCCCUCUGCACAACACCUUGAUGGAACUGUGGACCAUGGUGCACUUCCUGAUUCCAGGAAUCUCCAAAGCUUACCUGGAUUUCCCAGUGAAAGCGGCCAACGAGGAGAAUCAAGACUACUGCCAUAAGCUGGUCAUCAGGCUGCACAGGAUGAUCCAGCCGUUCAUCUUGCGUAGAUCAAAAAGGGACGUGGAGAAGCAGCUGACGAAGAAGUACGAACACGUGCUCAAGUGCCGGCUUUCCAACAGACAGAAAAUGAUGUACGAAGACGUCAUUCUCCAGCCCGAGACCCAAGACGCUGUGAAAAGCGGGCACUUUGUCAGCGUUCUUCACGUCUUGAUGCAGCUGCAGAAGAUCUGCAACCACCCGGAUCUGAUCAACCCUCGGCUGUGCAGCUCCUCUUACGUUUCAGAGGCGUUGCAGUUCUCGACCGCCUCGCUGGCCUUAAAAGCCUUAGAGAGCAGCCUGUGGAAGGUUGCAGACCUGAGUGUCUUUGACCUGAUCGGGCUCGAGAAGAAAAUGACGCGUUAUGAAUCCCAGGUGGUGCCCAAGCAAAAAAUAACGCGGAAGCUUAUCGAAGAGAUUUACACCUCUCCCCUGCCGCCUCCCAGGCCACCUCCCGUCAAGCUGAAGCCCAACAGAUUAUUUCAACCUGUUCAGUACGGACAAAAACCUGAAGGCAAGAUGGUCACCUUUCCUAGCGCUCAAGUGCAGCGGGCCACCAGUGCAGCUACGGUUGCUCAGCAGGCCCAAGUGCGUGGAAGAUCUCCCAUGACAACUGUGUCUUCCAAUCAGGCCGCCGUUGCCGUCUCCUCGGCUGCCACAGCAGCGCCACCACAAUUGCAGUCUUCCUCCAGUGUUCCUCCUCCUUCUCCUCUUCCUCUUCCUCCUCCAAGACAUCAGCCAGCAAUGACCUUCGCCAACGCAACUAGCCCGGCCCAUCCAGUGAAACUGCGGGGCCAGGCUACCGCCCAGGGCCUCCAGCUAGGGCAGGCCCAGCCACAGGCCCCCCCCCCCACCAUCCAACAGAAUGUCCUGCCUCAGAGGCUCCUGUUAACCAGUCAGGCACAGGCUCGGUUACCCAGUGGUGAAGUGGUCAAAAUAGCCCAGCUGGCUUCCAUUGCAGGGGCACAGGGCCGGAUCACGACGCCGGAGACGCCGGUGACGCUGCAGUUCCAGGGGAACAAAUUCACUCUGUCUCACAGCCAACUCCGCCAGCUGACUGCAGGACAGCCUCUACAACUGCAAGGUAGUGUCCUGCAAAUCGUUUCGGCUCCGGGACCCCAAUAUCUCCGACCUCAGGGUCCUGUGGUGGUGCAGACGGUGCCCCAGCCCGGGACUGUCCAAAACGCUCUCAACGCACUAGGGAACCAGCAUCCGGUGGGGUUGCAGACUUCGGCAGGAACUCAGCCAGGAAGAACCCUGGGGGCUAAUUUGGCAUCGGGAGACUCCGCUUCCUCCCUGAAGUCCGGCAUUCAUGGCGGUCACUCACAGGAGUCGUUUGAGGAGAAAAACAGGCUCCUGAAGGAACGCUUGGACCGGAUCUUUUCUUGCAACGAACGGCGUUGCUCCAGAGCUCCGAUCUACGGCAAGGACCUUCGUAGGAUUUGCUCCCUGGUGGGGAACUCCAACACAACGCCUCAGUUCUCCGCCAGGACCAGCAAAUGGAGCUGGGCUGGCUUUGUAAACUGCGGUCUCUCCAAAGAUCUUCAAGACCCCCUUGGAGGGUUGACCUGGCAGCUCGAACAACAGCAGCAAUCCUUGAGGGACACCGUUGACAGGGCACUCUGCGUGUUGCCCGCUGCUGUGGCCGCUCCUCCGUCUUUGCACGUGGCGAAGCUUCCCCCCGCUUACAGCCACCGAAUGAAACUCCUCCGGCACAACCUGAAGGAGAAGGUGUUGCCUUACCUGAACCAGCUGCAUCAGCUGACCAUGCCCCGGCUGCUGCUUCCGUUUCCUGACCUCCGUCUGAUCCAGUACGAUGCAGGGAAGCUAGAAGCCCUGGCAGUCUUACUCCAGAAGCUCAAGUCAGAAGGACGAAGGGUGCUGAUCUUGUCCCAGAUGAUGCUCAUGUUGGACAUCUUGGAACGGUUCCUCAACUUCCAUUUCCUCACCUAUGUGAGAAUCGAUGAGUGUGCAAAUCAGGAAGAGCGCCAGGAGCUGAUGAAAACCUUCAACCGAGACAAGCGGCUCUUCUGCGCCAUCCUCUCCUCCCACAGCCGCUCCACCGGCGUCAACCUGGUGGAAGCCGACACUGUUGUGUUCUACGACAACGACUUAAACCCGGUGAUGGAAGCCAAAGCUCAGGAGUGGUGCGAUCGGAUUGGCCGGUGCAAGGACAUCCACAUAUACAGGCUGGUGAGUGGGAACUCGGUCGAAGAGAAACUCUUAAAAAACGGGACUAAGGACUUGAUCCGAGAAGUAGCCGCUCAGGGAAACGACUACUCCAUGGCCUUUUUGACGCAGCAAACAAUUCAGGAACUUUUUGAAGUUCACUCACCAAUGGAGGAUUCGGGCUUCCGAGUGAAAGCUGAAGAAUUUGUCAUGCUGUCGCAAGAGCCGUCUCCCUCCGAAACCAUCUCUCCCAAAGUGGCCAGGCCCUUUAUAGAGGCUCUGAAAAGUACCGAACGAGAGGAAGAGGAGAAGGAGGAGGAAGAGGAGAUGGAAGAGGAGGAGCAGAACGAGGAGUGGAACUUGCACGUUCUGGAUGGAGAGAACGAAUCGGCAUCGAAACCUCUGGUUUCAGAACUCGGAAAGGCACAAUAUCUCGAGCAACCUUCUCUGCUGCAGGAACUGGUGGCUGUGGUUGAUCAGCUCACCCCCAUUGAAAAGUAUGCCUUGAAUUAUUUGGAAUUCUUUCACGUUUCUGCUGAGGAGAAUGAAUCCAAAGAAAAUGAGGUGGAAGUGAGGACGGCAAAACGGAAAUGGGAAGCUCAGCAUCUGAAAGGGCUGAAAGAGGAAGAGGAAAGAACGAUUCUAGAAGGGAAGGAGGAAGAACUUUUCACUUACACUCGAGAAGACGCCUAUAACAAAGAGUAUUUUUAUGAAGGACCAGAUGGACAAACUGAAAUAAUGCCACUUUGGACUCCGCCCACCCCACCGCAAGAUGACAACGAUAUUUACAUUGACUCGGUUAUGUGUCUGAUGUACGAGCCGGUCCCCAUCCCAGAGUCCAAGCUGCCUCCCGUGUACGUCAGGAAGGAACGCAAGAGGCACAAGACUGAUCCUUCCACUGCAGGAAGGAAGAAGAAGCAGCGUCACGGAGAAAUCGUCGUCCCUCCUCGCUCCCUCUUUGACCGCGCCACUCCGGGAAUGCUGAAAGUGCGACGGGAAGGCAAGGAGCAAAAGAAGAACAUCCUGCUCAAACAACAGACCCCAUUCGCCAAGCCCUUGCCCACUCUCGUGAAGCCGGCGGCGGAAGCCGGCCAGGACAACCCCGAGUGGCUGAUCAGUGAAGACUGGGCUCUCCUCCAGGCCGUCAAGCAGCUGCUGGAACUCCCACUCAACCUGGCCAUCAUGUCCCCCGCGCACACCCCCAACUGGGACCUGGUGAGCGACGUGGUGAAUUCCGUCAGCCGGGUUUACCGCUCCCCCAAGCAGUGCCGCAACCGCUACGAGAACGUCAUCAUUCCCCGCGAAGAAGGGAAGCUUAUGUAUGAAGCGAACCCUAAGAAGAAGACUAAAAGCAUUUAUAAGAACUUUAAUGAAUUAAUCCCUGCAACACCCCCUCAGACAAAGAACAGUCGCCCCCUUCGGACCAACCAGCUGUACGCCCAGGACGAAGGUGCGGCACACACCUUUCUCUACACAAACCAUUUUGAGAUCAUGAAACUGAUCGCUGGGAAGAGGAGCCCACCCAUCAAACCCCUGCUUGGCAUGAAUCCUUUCCAGAAAAAUCCUAAACACACUUCAGUCCUUGCAGAAAGUGGCAUCAACUAUGAUAAGCCACUGCCUCCAAUUCAAGUUGCAUCUCUCAGAGCAGAGCGCAUCGCAAAGGAAAAGAAGGCUCUGGCAGAACAGCAGCGAGCUCAGCAACAAGCUGCCCCACAACAGCAGCAGCAGCAGCAGCAACAACAGCAGCAGCAACAACAGCAGGCCGGACAGCAAACCGCUCAGCCAUUAUCGGGGCAGCAAGCACAAUCCCAGACCCAGGUGCAAGGCCAGGGCAUCCAGCAGCCUCAAGGUGGGCUGCAGACGGCCGCGACCACGGUGGCAAACACAGCUGUGUUGGCUGGCACCAUGAAACCCACCGUGACCGGGACCAGCAUACAAACAGCCACUGUGAGCGUCAACACCAUAACUGGGGUCCCCGCAACUACUUUUCAACCCAUCAACAAGCGGUUGGCUUCACCCGUUAUACCCGGGACGCUGGCGACUUCAGGAGCAGGGACCACCACCGCUCAAGUGGUCCAUUCCCAGCAGAGAGCCACCGGCACGUCAGCUGCCUCCACGGAACUGGUCACCCUCACGUCUACGCCCGGAGUUCGAGCGGUCACUUCAGUGACUGCCUCAGCUGUGGUGACCACGAAUCUGACUCCAGUCCAAACCCAGCCAAGGUCUUUGGUCACUCAGGUGACGUCAGCUACUGCAGCCAGCGUGCAACUCUCCGGAAAGACCAUCACUCCAAAUCAGUUGCAGAUCCUACGCCAACAGCAGCAACAGCAACAGCAGGCCACAGGACAGGUCCAAGUUCCCCAGAUCCAAACCCCAGGCCAGACCCCGUCGCAACCCCAGAUUAAGACCGUCGGCAAGAUCUCCCAGGAGCAGCUCAUCAAGUUCCAGAAGCAGAAGAUGCAAGCAACACAACAACAAGCCUCCCAGCCUCAGGGAGCCCCCGGAGCACAACAACAGGCAGCCCAGGUCCAGGUGCAACAACAACAGACGCAGCAGCUCACGGCCGUCGCGGCCUCCAGGCCGAGCGCGGUCCUGGCUGGCACCACGGUCACCGGCCUCCAAGUAGCCCGGUUGACACGUGUAGCUGCUUCUCAGCUCCAAGCCCAAAGCCAGAUCCCAGGUCAGACGCCUCAAGGAGCCCAAGUGGCUCUGGCCAAGCCGCCCGUGAUGUCCGUCCCGGUGGUGUCGUCGGCAGGGGUGACCGCCCUCCCCGUUACCGUCUCCGGAAUCAGCGUGGCGAUUGGGCAGCCGCAGAAAGCAGCAGGAGGGCAGGCAGUGAUGGCUCAGCCGCUCCACGUCCAACAGUUUUUGAAGGUGAAACAAGCUCAGCACCACCAGGCGGCCCAGCAGAAGGUCAUCCAGCCACAGGUGGCCCAAGGACAGGCAGGGGUUCAACAGAAGCAGGUCACCGUCCAGACCCAGCAGCCAGCAUCUCAGCAGCAGAAAGUCUACGCCACCCAGCCGGCCAUCAAAGCCCAAUUCCUACCGACGCCGAUUUCUCAGCCCCAGAAGUCAGGGGGGGCGCAGCAGGUCCAGACCCAAAUACAGGUGGCCAAGAUCCCACAGGUGGUCUCCCAACAAGCAGCAGUGGCUAACAUCCAGCAAGUGGUUUCGGUUUCCCAACAGGUUCAAGCUCAGCCCCAAACGGUCACCUUGUCCCAGACCACAGCGGGUCAACACCAAGUCCAGGUCAUCCCAGCCACCACCGCCACAGCUCAAGUCGUCCCCCAGAAACUGAUCCAACAGCAAGUGGUAACCACAGCCUCCCCCCAGAUCCAAGCCUCGGUCGUGUCGAACCCGGCCCAGGCGCCUGCCUUGCCUGACGGGCAGAGUCAGCAAACAAAAGUGCAGAUGAGAGCGCCCGUCCGCUUAAAGACUCCGAACAAACCCAGUUGAGUCCUCCACCUUUUUGUGGCAACAAGCCAGGGAGAGAGAGAGAGAGAGCUCUCUAGGUGGCCUCCCAUCCAGCAAGCUUCUCUCCUGCGAAACUUCCAGGGCUGUUUCCCCCUGCUCUCCUCCAGAUGUCUCUGCUUCCCAGAGAGAUUUGCAGAGAGAUUUUGAAACCCGACUCCCAAGGAAAUGCCGUUCUUUCGAACUCCUCCGUUAGCCCGAUUGCUCGCCGACGCUCACUGCCCUUUCGGUGGAAACCCCGAAGUUGCUUCUCCUGUGUUGUGGGUAGCAAUGCCGGUUGUUAUUGUCACCCCUAUCUGAAGGGAAAACCUGUAGAGCUUUGUGGGGUGCAAUACCGGACAUUGUCCGGGCCUCGCUUGUCCAAGGGGGAAGGACAGAUAAUUUUGUCCAAAGCAGGGCUCUCUAACUUUGACAACUUUAAACCUGGCGGACUUCCAGCUCCCAGAAUUCCUCUGGCUGGUGAAUUCUAGGAAUUGAAGUCCUCCAGGCUUAAAGUUGCCAAGGUUGGAGAGCUCCAGUCCAAAGCACUCCCUUCUCCAUUGAGCCAAGAAAUGUGAAGAUUUGUAAGUAUCUGUAAUUAUGCAUCAUAUUUCAGUCACCAUUUUUUUGGGAGCGGGGGGGGGGGGGGGAGAUUUGAGACUUUUUUAAACAAACGAACAUUAACUUGUGGCACGUUGGUUUGUGGGGGGGGUAUCAGGCGUUUUGCUUACUGUUUUGCUUAAUCGGUCUUUGUGUUUGUUGCGUGUGCGUGUGUGCGUUCUUUUUUCUUUCUUUCUUUCUUUUGUACAGAGAAACUCUUCGUUUUAAGCUUUCACUUCCCUUUUUCACGGUUUCAGAUAUUCAGUGUGCUAGACACGUGGUUGGUUGGUUGGUCUUUUGUUUCUUUUAAAGGUAUUAAUAUUAUGUAACAGUAAGUGUAUUUCAUCGUCGCCCACCAUUCUCAGCCCCUUUUUCAUGGGUGGAAGAAGAAAAAAAAUCAAACAUGUUUCAUUCCUCAUCCAACAUUCUGUUCUUGGGGUUUUUUUGGUGGGGCUUCCACACUGAAGAAAAUUUAACGUAUGAGUUUCCAGCAUUCGUUUUGGCCCUUUUCUUUGUGCGGUCUUGUUUUAAAAGUUCAGCUGUGUUUCCAUUUCAGAGGGAUAGAGGAGAGGCAUUCAGGCAAGUUAUUAUUAUUUUUUCUAUCAAUACCAAAACAACAGAGGUAUUUUUCAGACCUUCAAUUGUUUGAAACAAAUCUUUUUCUUUCUUUCUUUCUUUCUUUCUUUCUUUCUUUCUUUCUUUCUUUCUUUCUUUCUUUCUUUCUUUUUCUUUCUUUCUUUCUUUCUUCUUUCUUUCUCUUUCUUUCUUUCUUUCCUUCCUUCCUUCCUUCCUUCCUCUCUCUCUCUCUCUUCCUCUUCUUCCUCUAAUUCUAAUUCUAAUUCUAAUUCUUCUUCUUUUAAUUCUUCUUCCUCUUCCUCCUCCUCCUUUUCUCCUCCUCUUCCCUUCUCGUCCUCCCUCUCUCCCUCCUCCUCCUCUUCUUCUUCUUCUGCUCUUCCUCCUCCCCCUCCUUCUCCUUUCUCCUCCUCCUCCUUUACUCCUCCUCCUCCCAUACUAACUUAUAUACUGGCACUCAUGCCAAACUUCCGGACAAUACAAAUAUCUAUCCUACUUCCAGAUGUUCCCAAGUUGAGAUUAGUGCUGGCCACAUAACUUCGGCACCUCUGCUCUUUCGAACAGGCACAAUUUCUUACCCCUAUUGUUGUCGCUUUUUUGCUCUUCUAGUGCCAUAUCCUUUCUAUUUUGGAGUCUCGGGGCUUUGGUUUUCUUUUUGUUUUUUACAAAUAAAAGGUAUGCUUUUUAAAAUUUAAAAAAAAAAAAACUUUCUACACAAAGGAAGGUAGACAUCGUUGAAGUUCGUUUUACUCCAAAACCUAUUUCAUACCAUUGACUUGUAUUUUGUCAGUUUAGUCUCUUGAGAAGGAGCCGUUAGGGAGUGAUAUAAUUCAUUUGAAAAAACCCAAGAUAUUUGGGGGGAGCCGUUUGGCCUCAAGUACCCCUACAAGACUGGGAUCUUGGCAAAUUAGGGCCCCCACCUUAAAGAGUCCUCUCACUCUCCUUCCCACCUUCCAUGCAAAUCUACCAGUCAAAACUAAUUUUGCUCCCCAAAUAUACUCAAAUCUUACGUGUGCACAAGGCUGUAGGCUAUAAAUCCCCAUUCCUUAAUCUCAGCAACGAUAAGCGGGUUGGACUUCAACUCCCAGAAUUCCCCAGCCAACCAGCUGUGGAAUUGUGGGAGCUGGAAGUUCAAGCCUGUUUAACGUUACUGAGGUUUAAGGACCACUGGUGUAAAAUGAAUUCUGUAUGCAUAAAAUAACAUCACCCAUUUCAAUUUCACUGUGCUUGUUUUUCAAUAUGUCUGAUUUCGACGGAAAAAAUGUGUGCGAUUUCCGUGUCUUGAUUUUUCACGGGGAAAAAUGCCAAUUCGGUGGUUCCACAUUUCUGAUUAUCCCUUCAUUACUUUCUUCCCUUGGUAAACUGACUUGUAAAUUACCUUUAUGAAGAUAAAAAUAAUUUGUACUUUGACUGUAGGAUUGGAAGGAUUUGUGUUGUAUCUUACCUGAAAGUGUAUUAAAAGUGUACAUUUUUAUAACAUUCUUGUAA